ACAAACAGUAUCCAAAUGGAAAAUCGUCCUUAUCGCCCUAUCAGCAUCGUAUCUUUUAGGCAAAAAGUACAAGAAUUAUUUGGCUUCAUACGAACUGCUUUUGUGUUGGAUCAUUUUCCCUAUAAGUCAUAUCGUUGUCCAAACAAACCCCUCUUACCACACCGACCAUAUGAAUAAUUGAUUUUGAAAUUGAAUUCCCUAAUCCUCGCUGGCGUGGGCUUUUUCUUUGCGGUGUAAUGUUUAACUGGAUUGCCAGGAUAUCGACUGGCAUUGGGAUUGUCGCCGUCUUACUCGCUUAUUUAUCCUUUCAUCAUCAAGUCGAUCCACCAAUAUAUGCACAUACGGAAAUGGAUGCGCUUCUGCAGAAUUUUCGACAGUUGAAUCGCAGCUGUUUUAUUGUGGGCGCUAGCGGCGAAAGUGGCAAGGCGCUGCUCAAGGAGGUCGUCAGACUGAAACCCUUCGCGCGGAUUGUUCUCAUUAGCCGACGUAAACUGGAAUACGAAGAUGAGGAGCUGAAAAAGCUCGAGCAGCGCGUAAUCGAUUUCGAUAAAAUCGACGAACUGCAUCAGAAUGAUUUUCAAGGAUUCGACGUGGGUUAUAGUUGUCUGGGAACUACGCGAGGCAAAGCCGGAAAGGAAGGCUUCAUCAAAAUCGAGCAUGAUUAUACUUUAAGCGUUGCCAAAGCAGCCAAAGCAGGCGGUACUAAGCAUUUCCAGCUGGUUUCAUCCAGAGGCGUCGAUGAAAAUAGCUUUUUUCUCUACUAUCAAGUGAAGGGACAGACUGAUCGCGAAGUAUGCGAGCUCGGUUUUGAACGUGUUAGCAUUUAUCGUCCAGCGGUUUUAUUGGUUGACCGGGUGGAGAGGCGUCCUUUGGAGAAAGUGGCACAAGCCUUAUUGAAACCAGUGGCAUACAUUGCUCCCACUUUCAUAUCCACUCCGAUUGACAUUUUGGCCAAAGCGAUGAUUUUGAACACAAUCAACAACGGACCGCCUGGGGCACAAAUUGUAGACAAUAAAGAAAUUCAUCAGUUGGGCAAUUCUUUAACAGUCUAAUUCCUUUAAUAAGUAUUAACAAUACGUGGUACGUACUUGCAUGGUCCACACUGACGCCGAGAUUCUUGAAUUUACCGGAUAAUUGUUCACAACUGCAUAGUUUAUAAGUCAAGCAGUUGUUUAUCAAAAUAAGGUACCGUAUCAGUACUAUAAAUAUUUAAAUCUAUUAAUUUUUAUUCGAGCAGUCUCCUGAAUUGCAUGACAGAACAUGUUUUAGGAUUGAUGUUGUUUUUUAGGAUAUACACAAUUCAAAAUUUAAUUUUCAAUUUUCAUACAAGAUUUUCAGAUAAAUUACAUGUUCAUUGAGAAGCGACAGAUAUAUGCUCUAUACUGCAUUAAACAAUAUAACCAGAA